AUGGUUCGAUCAUUAAAAUCUCUUCGAACUUGGAUUCAACAACGAAAUAAUACAGAUACGAUUGAAGACCAGCGCAUGAGUCAAGCGGGAUUCCAUGCAACCUCGGGAAAUGAAACCUCAUACACAAGGAUGCUCAAAGAAGAGGCGCAGAUGAACUGGAUUUAUAACCUCCUCGCCAGCGGAGCAAACUGGGUUCUGCUUGCCGGCUAUUUGGUUAUUCCUGGCACUUUUACCUCUUUGAAGAAAUCGAAUAGCGUGGAAAAGACAUUGGAAAAGAACAACGCAGGGCGGGUACUCCUUAACACCAUCCAAAAUCCGCCACUUCUUGUAUUCUCCUGCCUAUUCCUAAUAACUGGUGCGACGGUCUUGGGGUGGCUAUUCAACAGGCCAGCAUCCUUGAAUGCAGCGGCUGGGUUGUUGACUACGAUCGUAAAUGUUUGCGCUUCACAAGACGGAGUCUGGUCAGUCAUGGCCCUUGUGACAACUAUUGUCACAGGAGCCACACUGGUGAUUUGUCUGGGUCUUUCUCUCUUUUACAAGUUCUUCAAGUUGCGAAAGGUGAUUCAAAGCGACGGAUGCCGGACCAGCUAUUUUGAGGUAUUCUGGGUGCGUGAGGAUUGCCUUCGUCAUGUGCUUGGUGAAGUCAAAGAGCCGGAUCGUGGUAUUCGGUUCUGCAUUGGAAACGACCAUUUCAGCAGAGCACAGAGUCUAGCACCACUUUUAAGCUCACUGCUCCAAUAUUGCUGGCUGUCUGACCAGAGGACAGACUCGGUGUGGGUGGAGGUACUAGCUGACAAUGAAGGCAAAAUCAAACUUUCGCGUGAGAAUUAUGUUAUUAUGGAAUUCUCACGGGAUUCUGAGACUCUUCCUGCCGGAAUGUCUCAUACGUCUGGUAUUAAGGGGCACAAAAACGACAGUGUUGGCCCCGUCCAGAAUUUUUAA